AUGGCCAGUAAAGCCGGGAAUCAAAUGGACAAUAAAGCUGAGGAUCAAAUGGACAGUAAAGCUGAGGAGCUUAUGGUCAGUAAAGCCGGGGACCAUGUGGCCAGUAAAGGCGGGGACCAUGUGGCCAGUAUAGCGGACGACCAUGUGGUAAGUAAAGCCGGGGACAAUAUGGCCAGUAAAGCCGGGGAACAAAUGGACAAUAAAGCUGAGGAGCUUAUGGUCAGUAAAGCCGGGGACCAUGUGGUAAGUAAAGCCGGGGACCAUGUGGCCAGUAAAGCCGGGGACCGUGUGGCCAGUAAAGCCGGGGACCAUGUGGUCAGUAAAGCCGGGGACCAUGUGGCCAGUAAAGCCGGGGGCAAUAUGGCCAAUAAAGCCGGGGAUCAAAUGGACAAUAAAGCUGAGGAGCUUAUGGCCAGUAAAGCCGGGGACCAUGUGGUCAGUAAAGCCGGGGACCGUGUGGCCAGUAAAGCCGGGGACCGUGUGGCCAGUAAAGCUGGGGACCAUGUGGUCAGUAAAGCCGGGGACCAUGUGGCCAGUAAAGGCGGGGACCAUGUGGCCAGUAUAGCCGACGACCAUGUGGCCAGUAUAGCCGACGACCAUGUGGUAAGUAAAGCCGGGGACAAUAUGGCCAGUAAAGCCGGGGAACAAAUGGACAGUAAAGCUGAGGAGCUUAUGGUCAGUAAAGCCGGGGACCAUGUUGCCAGUAAAGGCGGGGACCAUGUAGCCAGUAUAGCCGACGACCACGUGGUAAGUAAAACCGGGGACAAUAUGGCCAGUAAAGCCGGGGACCAUGUGGCAAGUAAAGCCGGGGACCAUGUGGCCAGUCAAAGCCGGGGACCAUGUGGUCAGUAA